AUGGUCAACAGGAAGUCUCAACGACAGUCCAGUGCAACAACCAUUGGUGCAUUGAACGCUAAGGCAGCAAAUGGAUGGUCGACGUUAUUCGUUCAGGGAGAUUUUGAGGAGUUCAGUGCUGAGAAUACAGGUGGAAAGCGAUCGGACAGUUUUUGGGAUGUGUUUCCAACUCUUGAAUUGGAGGCUCGUGCUUUUGUUGUUGAACAGUGUUCGAAAAAAAGUAGUAGUUUUACAGUUGCUGACCUCGCAACAUUUAAUGAUCAGCGAUACGAUGAAAUCACAGGUUCGUUGACUUCCAGCGGAUUAGGUCGAUUGCUUCAUGUCGGCUAG